AUGGCUUUGCAAAGAAAAGAUCAAGACAUUACAAAUGCCAUGUCACUUGUUCAUUCUACUAAGCGUGAAUUGCAAAAGCUCCGAGAUGAGGGAUGGAGUUUUCUUAUGGAUAAAGUUUAUGCGUUUUGUGAAAAGCAUAAUACUAAUACGCUCAUGAUGGACGAAGACUUUGUGGAUCCAAGGAUGCCAAGGAAAAAAUCAGGUAUUACAAAUCUACAUCAUUGCAAAGUCAGAUGUUUCUACUCUGUUUUGGAUUAUCAGCUUCAAGAGUUUAAUGAUCGAUUUACUGAGGUCAACACUGAUCUGCUUAUUUGUAUGGCUUGUUUAAGUCCUGCUAAUUCGUUCUAUAAGUUUGACAAGACGAAGCUGGUGAAACUUGUUGAGUUCUAUCCAGAUGACUUUAGUUUUGGGGAGCGUUUAACUAUUGAGCAUCAACUUGGAAUCUACAUUGACAAUGUAGAAACUGAUGAACGGUUUAAGAAUUUGAAGAAUCUUGGAGAUCUUUCUCGUCUCAUGGUCGAAACUCAGAAGCAUCUUGCACAUCCUUUCGUAUAUAGGCUUUUAAAGUUGGUUCUAACUUUACCAGUUGCUACUGCUAAUGUUAAAAGGUGUUUUUCUGCGAUGAAACUAGUGAAGACAUCCACACGCAAUAGUAUUGGAGAUGAAUUUAUGAGUGAUUGUUUAGUAUGCUACAUUGAAAAAGACAUGUUAAAGUCUGUUACAAAUGAAAUGGUGGUGAAAAGAUUUCAGUCUAUGAAAGAGCGUAGGGUUCAUUUGUAA